GGGGGAAGUGCGAAGGGCCCCGUCUAGUCGCUGUUGCUCUUUACUGAGUUUUUUUUUCCUGGAUUUAGAGUCAAAUCACAUCAUAUCUCUCUCUCUCUCUCUAUUUGUUUUGGCCGUUGGAUAGCUUUUCACAGGUUAAAGGUUGACAGAUUUAUAUAUUGAGGAACCGGCAGAGGAGUGUGGGUUUGAUGGGAGAGAUUAGUGGAAGCAUUUGGAGUUGAAGGAGAAGUGGAAUCUCUAGGAGAGAAGACUCUUCUCUUAAACAACUCUUCUUGCUCUCAGCCAUUAACGGUGAGUUUUCGGACUUCUCAGAGGACCAGAAGAAAUGACUAAAGAUGAGGACUUUAAGCUUCUCAAGAUCCAGACCAUCAUCCUCAAAGUUAACAUACACUGUGAUGGCUGUAAGCAGAAAGUGAAGAAGCUCCUUCAAAGAAUUGAAGGGGUCUAUACGGCCACCAUUGAUGCAGAACAGCAGAAGGUUACAGUCUCAGGAAAUGUGGACUCUGCCACUCUCAUCAAGAAGCUAGGUAAAGCUGGAAAGCAUGCCGAGCUCUGGAAUAACAAGCCCAACAACUCCUCUAAUCACCAUAACCACAAACCAAACAACAAUCAGCAGAGACAGCAAGCUCAGCUCAUGAAGGACAACAGCCCUUCUAAGAACAACAAUAUCAAUCCCAACAACAAUAACAGCAACAACAAGCCGCAGACAACCCAAGCCCUCAUACAGGGCCUCAAGGCUUUCAAGAACCAGCACACGAAGCUCGAAUCCUUGAGCUCUGACAAUGAAUUCUGCGAUGAAGACUAUGAUGAGGAUGACGACGAUGAUGAAGAUGAUCUCGGCUUUCUUGAGGCGAAAUUGAACGAGUUGAACAUGUUGAAGCAGGCUAACCCAGCAGCACUUGCAGCAGCCAAUUCAAAGAAAAAUGAUAAUGGAUCAAGCAGUGGUGGAAAGAAAGGGGCAGGGGCAGUACCAGGACCAAACCAGAAUAAUGGAGGAAUGAAGAACCCAAAUCUGUUAGAGCUAAAAGGCAUGAAUGGUACAUCAACCUGGAGCAAUGCAGGAGGACCUCAAAGCCUCAUCAAUGGCUUCCCUUCUUCUGGUAUUAAUGGUGGCUAUGGUGGAGGAAACAUUCCACCACAAGGUCUGAGCCAGCCAUCUCCCAUGAUGAUGAGCUUCAAUGGAGGAAGCCAUGGCCAUGGGCAUCCAUCAUCUUCAAUGCUGAUGAACAUGAGAAACCUGAAUAACAACAGCAACAGCAACAGCAACAACAUGAGCAGCAUCUACAGUAACGGGAACAAUAUGAUGAUGAAUGAAAGCAAGUACAUGCAGCCACAGCUCAUGUACAACAGAUCUCCUCAGAUCCCUCCCUUCACAGGCUACUAUCCAAGCCCUUACUAUUACUACAACAUCAACAACAGCAUCAGCAAUCAUCAAUCAGAGGACUAUACUGCUCAUCUGUUCAGUGAUGAGAGCCAGAGCAGUUGUGCUGUCAUGUGAGUGAAGAAGAGAGGUGGUUGUUCUGUGGGGAUAUGAUAAGUAUUUAGUACUGUUUAGUUCCUUUCAUUUUCAAUUUGUUUUCUAUUUUACUUUUUUAGUGGAUGGUGGUUGCUUGACACUGAUACUUCCUUGGGAUAUUUUUCCAUUAGGGGGGUUUCAGUUCAAAUUAAAGCCUGUUGUAAUGUAAUACUUUUCCUACCAAAAACACUAUUAUGUCAUCAGUAACUUCAUUGUU